AUGCAUGAAGAGCUAAUCACUGGUAAUACAUUAGGUGACAAGGAGAAAGAGGAGGAAGAGGAGUCAGCGGCAGAUUGGGCAGUUAGAGGAGAAGGGAUGAGUGUAAGGAACAAGAGACAGCGUGGUAUUGAGGAGGAGAAAAGUAAACAACAAGAAGAAGAAGAAGGAAGAGGUGGUGAAGUACGUCUAAAAGUGGCACAUAAUAUUGAGGAUCUAAGGGAAGGUGAGACUAUAUUAACCAUGAGGGAUAAGCCUAUAUUGGCAUGUGGUACCGAUGAAGAAGAAGAGGAUGAUGAUGAUUAUGAUGAAGUUGUAUUAGAGGAGGCAGGGGGGCCACAAGGGUUAGCACAGAGGGAAAAGGAUGAUUUAUGGAGGAAGGAAAAACAUAGGAAUGCAUGGGAUCCUACACUACACUGGGAUGAAGAGGAGGAGGGUAAUGAUGAUCUAUCUGGUGAUAAUAUAUUAGAUAAGUAUACAACAGUAGAGGAGAGGGCAGCAGUAGAUGCUAGACGUAGAGGGUUUACUCUAGCUCUUAGUAAUGAUGGGCUAGAACAGAACAUUACAGCAGAGUUAACACAGGAUGUAGAGGGUAGAUUAAAGGAAAUAAUGGAGGAGAACAAGAGACGAUCUAUGAUGCAAUCUGUUGCUGGUGGUAAUAUUAUACGUAUACAAUCUGAUAUUAUGAACACUAAUGAGGCUGCUAAAUUCUUGAAGAGGAGGAACAAGGAGGCUAGGAAGGGUGCUAGACUACGUCGUCGUAGUCGUAAUAAUAAAGAGGAGGCCAGUGCCAGUGUCAGUGAUGGUGGUGAUGAUGAUAUAGUGAUACCUCCUCCUAAGAGAACUAUGGAUAAUGAUGAUGAUCUACAGGAUGGUGAGGAGGAUCAAGAGUUAUAUCGACAGUUAGAGAGGCAGAGGAUGGUGGAGCAAAAGGUCAAAGCACGCUCACUAGUGAAGGAGGAACCAAUAGAGAGUAGUAGUGGUAGUAGGGAUCAGGAUGAUGAUGGUGGUGGUAUUGCUGGUAAUAAUGUUAUCGACUUGGAUACUGGUGCAUCCUAUGUACAUGACCAUAUGGAUACUAAUAAUGAUGUAAAGGAUGAGAAUAUGGGAGCUGAUGGUGAUGAUGAUAAUGAUGCUCUAGAAAAGCAGGAGGAGGAGGAGAAUACAGAUAGGGAUAGGGUUAGUGAUGUUGGUAGAAUGAGUAGAGCUAGCGAAUUCUGUGCAUCUAUACAAACACCAGUAGAGUUGAAGCAGGCUGAGAAGGAUGAGGAGUUUGCAGCUCAACGAGCAUAUCGAGAGUCGCGUAGGAGGAUGCUAAAAGGAGGAACUGCUAGGAGGGGUAUAGGAGGAGAAGGAAAGGAGUCUGAUGAACAACAACAAGAUGACGAUGAUGAUGAUAAUAUGGAGUUAUCAUCUACUGAGGAUUUGAAAGAUUCACAUCAGGAUGAUGAGGAAGAGGAAGAGUUUGAGGCUAGAGAUGAAGCUAUGCAAGAUCAAAAGGUUGAUGAUGGUGCAGCAUGUGCUAUACGAUAUUUUGUUCAGAGAGGUAUGAUGUCUGGUGAUCAGGAUUCCUUCAAUUCAUAG